GAAGCGCCUGCAAAUUCGCGGUAUGCGAUGAAAUCUUCGAGCGGACAAAAUCUUCCUCUGCAACUGAAAUAUGAUUUGGAAAAUGCUACAUUCUCAUCUGAGCAAGAACCAAGUACAAACACCUCAACGCAAAAUAAUACUGUAGAAAUGUCCACUUUGGACGUAAAUUCUUCGGCAUCACAAUUUGAAUCAUUCGACAGUGAUUCCUCAGAAAGCGAGUCAGUAGAAAUAGAAACAGUCUCAACAUAUCAGCCAACAACGAUGGAGACAGUCUCAACGCAUGAGACAACAAGGCUCGCCGACACCAUGCAAGCAUCACUUGGAUGCUCAAAAUCGAACAUUACUGUUAAAGUGCAGGAAAGAGUUCUUGCGCGUCAUAAAAUAUAUAGGUCAACACUUGAAUAUGUCAUCGCAAAAAUGCAUGGAUAUCUGCCGGAUGAAAGAAGAGAAUUGAAAUGGAAUUGUUCUUUGGAAGAAUCAGCACAACUUUGGGCAAACGAUUGCUCGUGGGCACAUUCCAGCGCCGCUUUAGAGAACAAAAUUGGUGAAAGUCUGACGUAUUCUUGGGUCAAUGCAAAAUCAGUAAGCGAUUCUCUGCUAAUAGAUUUUCCGCAAUCGGUGUGGGAUGACUUUGUGCAUAUGGAACGCACAAACAUUACUGAACUUUCAACUCAACAGUUCAAAGAGAACUUUGAUGCAUUCAUUCAGAUGACAAAUUUGGCAGCAACGGACAUCGGUUGUGGAAUGGCGCUUUGUCGAGUGCGAGGGCUUCGAAAAGCCAUUCAACUGAAUGUUUGUCAUUAUUAUCCAUCAAAUCAUAUCAUAAUCGACAAAAUAGAAGAUUUUGUGACAAAAAAUGAAGUUCGUUUCUUGGAAUUGGCUCGAGCAUUUUCAUAG